AUGUUAGCUCAAGUGGGUUUUGUAGGUGUUCUAGUGGUGCUGGCCCAAGUUCUGCCUCACCUGUACGGAUGUGUGCUCCUGCUGAACGGAUGGACUCCUGUGUCUGUCAGAGACCGUGCUCAACUCGCAGAGGUAGUCUUUUCUGGAAUCGUGCUCAGAGCAUUCAAAGAGCAAAGAACCUCGGCAAAAACAUACAGCGCUGAAGUAGAGAUUAUAAAAGUAUACAAAGGUAUUUCUUUACUUCAACAAGCAUCCUCAAAGAACGUGUAUAAUAUCAGUAAUUUCGGAGACAAACCCGCUUGCUAUGCUGACGUUUUUGAAGGAGAACAGUAUAUUUUCUUCCUGACUUUGUUCGAAAAGCGACUUUCUGCCAAAUACGAUGAUAUUUUUGGUGCCACGGCGGAUUUUUCACUAGAAAAUGAAGAUGAAGUUUUAGCAGCUCAAGGCUGGGACAGUUGGUCGUCAUGGAGCGCCUGCAGCCGAAGCUGUCGUCAUGGACAGAGAACACGCCAACGCACUUGUCAGCUGGAACAAAAACAAUGCGAAGGGAAAGAAUCUGAACAGAAACCUUGCAAUAUGUUUCCAUGUAACAGUGUAAAUGAUAUGCUGGACAUACUAGGCGUUAAAAAGCUGCCACCCGGAGUUCUGAAAUCCGUCGAUCGUGCUGGAGCUUACCAGAUCAGUUCCUCCGCUCAGCUCAACUCUCCCACAAGCGGGAUCUUUCAAGGAAGGUUCCCGGUUAACUUCUCUAUUUUACUCGGCCUGAACCUUUCCCCGGAGUUCGCCGGGUACGUGUUUACCGUGAGCGACAGCAUGCAGCACCAGAAGAUAGGGAUUUACUACCGAAACGGUGAAUGGCGGUUUGAGUACUCCGACCAGGACGGUCUGCCCGGAGUAGCCUCCCCUGUUUUUGAGGCUGAUCUUGCGGAUGGGUUAUGGCAUUCGAUUAGCUUCAGCGUCCAGGGACAAGAGAUAACCAUGUUUUAUGACUGCGAAAACAACAUCACGAAAUCCUUUCUUCGCACUCGCUGGCCUCUUAUCCCGAUUAACUCUGUUAUGUCUAUUGGCCCAUUUUUCAAGAGGAACGGAGUCCCUUUUGAGGGUGGGAUAGAACAGCUGGUGAUUUCUGAGGAUCCGCACAGCGCUGAACGCCAGUGUGGAGACUGGGACAUGACAGACAGCAUGGAUAGCGAAAAGAUGUCAGGUGACAGCAGAGAAAUGACUACCCCUCUUACAACAACAACUACGACUAAACACUCUGGCUCAGAUUCUGGUAGUGUCAUGUUCCAAUGGUCGGCCUGGUCACCGUGUAGUGUGAGCUGCGGUAGGGGCCUGAAGACGAGGACGCUGUUCUGUAAGAGCAACCAAGUGGAGCCAUCUGUGUGUAUUCCGCGGCAUAUCCCUCGCCAUCAGGCCCGUCGCUGUUCCCCAGGGGCAUGUCCAGGUAAAUGUCGGCUGCCCUGCCUUAACGGAGGUGUGUGUGACGGGACCGGGCGGUGUGUGUGUGGCCUUGGAUACUCCGGAGAGCAGUGUGAAAGAGCCACGUGUUACCCGGGUUGUUACAAUGGCGGCCGAUGUGUGAACCCAUACUUCUGCCACUGUCAGCCUGGCUAUACCGGCGCACUGUGUGAAGCAGCUCUCUGCGAUCCACCGUGUCGUAAUGGUGGUUACUGCAUUAGCCCGGGCCAGUGUUCCUGUCCGUACGGCUAUCUGGCGCCUGAUUGUGCUCCUUUCUGCCAGACUCCGUGUCUCAAUGGCGGGUCCUGUGUUGGACCAGACAUCUGCCUUUGCCCAUCUGGGUAUUCUGGAUCUCGUUGUGAGCAAGCUGUCUGUGAUGGCGGUUGUCUAAAUGGCGGUCGCUGCGUAGGGCCGAAUCGAUGCCACUGUAGAUACGGUUACAGCGGUUCUAAAUGUGAACAAGCCAUGUGUAGCCCACCGUGUCAGAACGGGGGAGUGUGUGAGAAGCCCUUUGUGUGUAGCUGUAAGCCGGGCACAAUAGGCUGGUACUGUGAACACUUUACGUGCUCAAAGCCCUGUAAGAACGGCGGCGUAUGUUCAGGCCCGGACAAGUGUACAUGUCCGGCAGGUUUCCGGGGAUCCAGAUGUCAGAAACGCGCGUGCGGAGGCGGGUGCUUGAAUGGCGGUCGGUGUGUGAAAAAACGGAAGUGCAAAUGUCUCCAAGGAUUCAAAGGGAAACGGUGCCAGAAAAAGAAGUGCAGGAUAGAAGGGAACCUGGAGCCGUACGCAAAGAGUUACCUGCGCUCCGUGAGGGAACACUUCGCCACUAGGUGUGGCCCGUGGAAUCUUCAGCCCUGUGUUCGGACCAGACUGAAGUAUAUUCGGGUUUCACGAGAAAUUUUCCGAGCGGUUUUUCGCUGCAAAUAA